AUGGUAUUUUAUAACGGAAAAGCAUCUUGUGGGAGGAAAACCAAAUGGAAGAUGAAUGAAUAUGGAGCCAUCGAUCCAUCUAAGGCUGCUACUGCUCCUAAGGCCGUAUCGAGCGGUGCUCGAGCGUUCGAUAGACGGCCGUUAGAACCACACAAUAAUCCCACGGCAACUGCCGAGAGAGCCACCUUGAUGAUGGAGAUCAUAACAAGCCCCUCGGGAGCUUCACAUUAUGGAGGCGACGGCUAUAAUCCAGCAGAGGCUGGUGAAGAUGAUGUUUGGGAACAGAUAAAGUAG